UAAAAACGCGUAAAGGACACAAAGAGAGGAUAUACUCGCACAAGGAGGAAGAGGAUCUAUUCUGGGGGGGUUGAGGAAAUACCAGAAAGGUCAAGAAGAAGCCCAUUAUAAAUUUCAUAAUCCCCUCCUCUUCCUUAAGUCGAUCGGUUUUCAAACCUCCGACGAAACUUCUUUCCCUCUUUUCCUCCUCUAUAUAAAUUACCCAACCCCCCACUUCUUCAUUGUCCAUAUUCAUUCUCCAAGAAAGCUUUUUGUGUUCUUUUUUUACAGCAAAUGGAGUGCAGAGUUUUGGAUAUAACACUCGUGUCGGCCACCGAUUUGAAGGAUGUCAAUCUUUUCUCCAAGAUGGACGUGUACGCCGUCGUUAAAAUCUCCGGCGACGAUUCUAACACCAAAUCCAACAAGCAGAAAACGCCCAUCCACAGAGAUUGCGGGUCCAAUCCCAAAUGGGAUUUCCCAAUGAAAUUCACCAUCUCAGAAUCAGCGGCCCAACACAACCAGCUCGAUCUCAAGAUCAAGAUCAUCUCCGAACGCAACAUUGGCGACAAAGAGAUCGGGAAGGUCGUCGUGCCCAUCAAAGAAUUGCUCGACAACAAGGAAACCGAGAAAUCCGAGAGGCACGUCAGCUACAGCGUUCGAACAGCCGGCGGGAAGAUGAAGGGCACUUUGAAUUUCUCUUACAAGUUCGGCGAAAAGUUCACCGCUCCGGCUCCUGCUCCGGCCCAGGCCCACUUUGCACAUGCUCAGAAGAAGAUGGACAACCCAGUUAUGGCUUACCCACCCGGCGGGCAAGCCGCCGGGCCUACCUAUGGAUACCCACCUCCCAACGGUGCUCAUGCUCCGGCCGGUUACCAGGCUUACCCACCUCCCGGUGGAUACCCACCUCCAGGUGGACCGUAUGCUUAUCCCCCGCCAGGUGGAUACGCACCGCCACCGCCGCAACCAGGGUAUGGUUACCCACCUCCUGGUGGUGCUGCGGGUUAUGGGUAUCCCCAGUACCCACCGCAGGCUGGAUAUGGAUACGGGCCUCCGCAAUCGUCGUCGAGUGGUGGUGGUGGUGGUGGUAAAAUGGCCUUAGGAAUUGGUGCUGGUUUGCUCGGAGGAUUGUUGAUUGGUGAUAUGAUGGAUGAUGCAGUUGAUAUCUAUUAUGAUUGAUCAUGAUGUGCUCUUCAAAUUUUUUUUCUUUUUUCUUUUUUUGCAACCUUUUUUUGGCGUUUAUGUAAAUGGAGGACGAUGGGGUUGGGUUCCUCAUAAACAAUAUUGAAUAAAUUUUCUUGUCUAUUAUUAUUAUUAUUA